UCCGAACGCAGCGCAGCGGCCGCAACGCGCGCGCGCGGGCAAUCUACCGGCAUGUGCCGCGUGUUUCGUGACAGGAGGUUCGGAGCAUCGGAUGGAUUUGUCGACGGGACGACGAUCGUACAAGCCGCCGCCGCCGCCGCCGCCGCCGCCGCCGACUCCGCACCUGGCGUCGACGUGACGUUGCAAGGUCGCGCGCGGUUCCACGCUCCGCGCUAAACACGACCGUGGUCCUUGAGGUUAUGGUGUGCCUAGCCACUCGCUCGCUUGGCGGGAGACACGGCGCACGGUCGACCUCGCUACCCCACGGACUCUAGACACAACAUGGAGCCGGAGCGUAGCGCGGCGUUCGAUUCCGCGGUUAUGUGCGCUCCGAUUCUUUUGAUAAUCGCUACGUCGUUGACGAUCUGCUACAGGCUGAGAGCGAGAUUGGCGGUGAGGGUGAACUGCUGGUUCUGCAACAAGAACACGAAGGUCUGGAGGCAGCACUUGGACUGGUGGCUGUGUCCCUGGUGCGAGCAGUACAACGGCUUUUCCAAGAACGGUGAUUAUUCGUACGAUAUUCCGGAGCAGUAUGCAACGUCGAACGUUCGUACGAGAUACUGCAGCCCGUCCGAGGAUGGCGACGACUGUCGCGACCUCAGGGGUAAACUCUGUACGUACUGCAACAAGCGGGAGGGUCUGAAAUUGUUGGAACUGUCCAACUUUGAGCCCAAGAGCAAGAGGCUGUUCGACGCGGAGCUGAAGGCGUUUAAGAUGUAUCUGGAGGAAAGGUAUCCGCUGUGCGACAGCUGCAAGCUGACGGUGCGAGACGUGUUGCGCAGGCAGGCGGUGUGGCUGACGCGCUACAAGAUGCAGUUCUUCAGGCGGAAACCAAUCCGGACGCUCGUCGACAAUGCGAGGAAGUUGGAAAUGUUUUUCCGAGCUGUCUCGAUGAGCCUGGUCUCGAUGAUCGUCUGCAAUCACGACGUUGUCUGGCUGCCGAUCGGUGGACUGUUCUUUCACCUGUGCGCCUGUUGGGCGAGCUCAACGAGGAACAGAAGUUCCGACGUGUUGUUGAUCUUUUUGUGGCUCUGCAUCGUUACCCUCGUGUCCGUCAAGAGCCUGGCGACACUUCAAAACGCCUGGCUUACAGCGGGGCACAUAACGCAGUACCGCAUGGUAACGGUAUGCGCGCUUAUUACAGCUCUGCUGAGCCUAAAAUCAGGUAUAUACAAGAGUACGUUGACUGGCUCGCUGACGUUUAAGAAGAUCAGGUUGCGCUCGCGAGACACCGCCGCGCCGCAGCUUGCGUAUAACAGUCGAAGCGCAGACAGUAUCGUUCCAAGCGCAACGAACGGCAGUAUUAAAUCGUCGGGCUGUGCGACGAACGAAUUGUCUUCCACCGAGAUCAAGUUCAGCAAGUCGCAUUCAGCGAUAUUGAGACAGAAACUGUUUACGAUCACUGCUAACGGGGGUAGCAACGGUUACGUCGCCUCUCAGACUGAGAACAGUCCAUCGGACAAUUGCUGCUUGAACGACAGUUUGAGCACCCUGCUGCUGAGCGAGGAUUCGCCGCGGUGCGGCAGGAUCGCCAAGGUAGCGCCGAUUUUCGAGCGCCGAGUGUACAACGCGACGAGCUCCGAGAAUCUGUUCAGGAGGUCCGGCGGCGCGUACAGCAAGAGGAGGUGCAUCCUGUCGCCGCCGCGGCUGAGACCGGUGACGCAGACGUCGUGGGUGGCGGGCGGUUACUGGCAGGAGGACAUGAUGACCGCUAUGCCGCUGACGCUCUCGCGGUCGUCCAGCCAGAGCUCCGGCUUCGGGUCGGUCGGCUCCUCCAAUCUCGCGCCCUCCCGCGAACCGUCCGUGCACGAGUUCGACCGGUGCUCGGUUGUGUCGGAGGCCACGCGAUGGUCGUGCCAGACGCCACGGCCGGGCCCGGUCGCGAGGCACGACUCGCCUGUUCCCCGCCCGCAGUCGUGGCACUCGCGAGCGGUGCCGUCGUCGACGCGCUGCGCGGACGACUACCAGCUUCAGGAGAGCUGCGGGCCGAGCGUCGGGGACCCGAACGGCUCGGCGCCAGCGUACGCCGCUCAUCACACGACGACGGUCGUCGCGAGCCCCGGCUGGCUGUCCGCGCUGCUCUGCGGCUCGCUGAUACUGAACAUGAUAGUGCUGUGCACUACGCUGUUACGUUAACGUCGCGACGAUCGGAAUCGCGCGCGCGCCGGAUUGUUGUGUGUUCACGCGGAAUUUUUUAUCAAUCGUUUUAUCAAAAGCGUUAAUUGAACCUCGUCUCGGCGAGUCUGGUCGGCCCGACCAGGUGGGCCCUCCGUUCGGUCGUUUCUUCCUUUUCCUUUUCGCGAUGCGAUCUACUGCCGAAUUAGAUUCUAAGGAAUUUAAUCUUCGAACUUGCGAUUACUUGGGGAUAAGUAGUGGGUGGCACAAUUACUGCCAAUUAGAGGACGAGCGCCAAUGCUCCGUUCUACUGCCGGAAAAAUAGCAAGUACGACGUAUUUACGUAUUACGCUGCCAAUCUACUUGUUCGUUGAACAUAUCUGUCAUUUCUUUGCCUCUUUUGUUUUUCUCUUACUGGAUACGUCCUCUCUCUUAUAGAGACACACUGCUAUACAUUGUCUUCCGGUCUUCCGUCUCGAAAUGUUUUUACAACUAAUCUCGCCUUCCGUAUUCACGUCAACAUUUGCCUCGUUUUCCUUAUCACCCUUGCUCUCCGCAAGUACACGCCCGUUUGCUAUUUUCGUCGAGAGAGUGGCCUCUCGGAUCUUAAUUGCUCGGUCGUAGGGCUGGACUUUACGGGGCAAUCCUCGCUCAAUACCCAUUUUGCGUUCCGAGUGCGAUAGAAUUUUGCGGAUCUCGAUUCGCAGAGUCGAGAUGCGCGGCAACGAAGACUUCUCGCGUCUCGUUCUCUUCCGGGAAUGACCUUGCCCGAAGGGCAAUCGCCGUCAAGUAUCUCGUAAUUCGUUUGUAUCAAGCGCACACCGAACAAGAGCACUUUACGUGACGCUUCUCCCCUGCGUACAGAAUUAUCCCGGGGAGAACGGGACGCGCGAAUGCCUUUUCACGUUCUGUAAUUAAUAUAGAAACGUCAAGCCUCAGUGAGAGAUACAUAUGUAGCUUUAGCUAUAAGUAUACUUGUUUACGCGUUGCGCGCCGAAUAUCUCUUGUUUUCUACCUGUAAUAUUAUUUAUCGAAACAAAAGGACCGAUUGUACAUACUGCCGGGAAUUUUGUAAAAAAAAAAAAGAGGGAAAAGGUGUACGUAUGCAGGUCUUUUCUUAGCCUAUGGAUGAGGAAACUUGUUGUAAUAAUCUUGUUGCUUAUUGUAUUCCGAUUAUGAUAUGUUUUGAUAUCUACUGAUAUUGUACAAUUCUAUCGAUGAGAAUAAAACGUCAACUUUUACAAUACUAUCCAUGGAGUGGUAUCGCCUUUAAUCCCGCCGAGAAGAUAAAUCCGUUUAACAAGAGCAGGAGAGAAGACAAGAAUUUCAUAUAAAUUAACCCCAAGAACAUUAAGACGUUCCGCGUGAUCUUAUAAGGACUUGAGAAAGUAUAUGCAAAUAAAAUUAGCGAACUAGCAAAGGUUUAAAACCCCGUCAGCUCGAGGGCCGAUAUCGUCGCGAGUAGAGCGACAUCAACGCAGGAUUUUACGCACGCACAAUAAGACGUGUACACGUAUGAUAUAUUUUGUUUUUAUUAUAUUACCUUAUAAAUAUAUUUCUUUCGAAGAUUAUUUCGCCGGGACAAUAUGCGGUGCGACAAUAAAUAAAUAAGUGAAUACAGUCGUGUGAUUUUCCUUGUUCUUUUCUUUCUCAAUGUAAGCACUGUCGUUCUCGAUAAUUGAAUAAUAAUAAUAAUAAUAAUAAUAAUAACGAUAUCAUCUUAAAAUUACAAUUUAAUCCGAGGGGAAUAUUGUAUUACAAUUCAUAUAGUACCUUGUAGCUACAGCCUCUCUUCUACACCCUGCAUACAAAUUUACUACCGCCUAGUGUCUAGGGAAAAAAUGUUUAGAAUUGCAGCUAUGCGUUGCUUUUUUUCACGUUUUCUUUUUAUUUCCUUUAUUUUUCUCCGCUACUUUGCUGUUUCAGAUGAGGUAGAUCUGAACGCGAUCGCCGAUGCGGAAAGCGUACUCGCGGCGAGUACUCUCGCGAUGAUAGGGAAAAAAAACAAAAAACAAGAAGAAAAGAUCGUUACAAAAAAUCGUUUGCGCAAACCGUCGGAACUUGAACGUCCCGCUGAGAUUCUCUGAGAUCGUCCUCUCGACAACGAAGCGGGAAGUCCUCUCUCUUUUUUUUUUAUCUCUCCCUUUAGCCGGAGAGCUGGUGAACAUUUUGUUAAGGUUGUUUUGUACAAGCUGAAAUUUUGUAAAAAGUUAUUUUUUCCCUACCUGAAUAAGGAAUCAAUCACCUGCCUGGCCAGCGUUGGUUAGAAGUGCACCCAUAAUUUUUUCAAAGUAUAAAAAAAAUGUUGAAACCAACGUGAAGUAUACAAGUUGAAAUUUGAAUAUAUAAAAAUUUUAUACUUUUUUGAGUAAGAAAAAAAAGGGCAGGCGUCCUGGUUGGUUCGAACCUAGUGGCAGGCGAUCGUGAAGUUGUAUUAGUGGUGGUGCUUAACUUUUAUUUCAUAAAGGUAUUUUAUAGCAGCAGAAACAUGUUGCAAUUUUUACAACGUGUUUCUAAUGCUAUAAGAGUAUUGUAUGUUGAAAGCUAGGCUGAUUUGACAAAUAAAACAGUAUGAAAAGUAGUAAGUAGUGUUUUCCGUGAGUGCAACGGGGAGAAGAUUAUGCGGACGCGCGCGCGAGAGAAAGAAUAACUUUUUACAAAAUUUCAGCUUGUAUAAAACAACCUUAACAAAAUGUUCACCAGCUCUUGGACUAUUGCCUCCUGUCGAGAAAGCGCGACGAGGAGACGGAAAGAAGACGCCCCCCGCUCGUCGUCGAGACGAAGAGACCGCGUGGUUUUGUAGAUCGACCUCCUCUUUAACAGUGACUGACUGGAUGGCUGCGUGCACAUAAAUCGUUAUAAUCUCGCCUACUUGACUGCGACAAGUGUUAAGUGUAAUUAUUUAUUAUUCGUUUGCCUUUUCACAGACACGCCGGAGACAAUUACGAAAAUAAUAUACCGACAGCUCUGUCCUCCCCGCGUUCGUCGGCGAACAUUACUCGAUACAUUACACAUACAUUGUUACAAUAAUAAGGAUCGAUCGUUGCUGUUGCGCUUAAGGGAGAUUGUUGUCGCCUAUCACAAAGAUCGCCGGUAAUUUCUUACAUGAUUUCUUGUGUAACUUGUCAACUCCUUUAUAAAGGAAGGAGGGGGGGGGGGAUCUGAAGUCGACGGUCGCGGCACUACAGUUGCCCGUCGAAGCCGAUGAUCUCGAUCAAUUUAAUGAAUCGGCGGGAGGGGUAAACGCGGAGCGUUACAGGCGCAUUACAGUUUUCAGCGCAACACGAUUGGGGCGGGGGAGAAAUACAUUCAUCGGGCGCCUAAGGUGGACGCGCGU